CUUCCCCGAUUCAUAUUAGAGCAAAAAAUUUCGAAGCCACCAUUUUGGUUUUAAGCUUUGGAUUUUGAAGCCUGGCGUUGUCUCUAGGCCAUUGCUCUUUCUCUGUCUCUGCGUCCCUUUCCUCUCCCGAUGUAUGGGAUUUCGGAAAUGAAGGGAUCAAAUUCUUUCCCUAUCUUCCAUAUCCAGCUUCUCUUCAUUGGUUUUUGUCUCUUCGUCGCCCGUUGUUACAGUCUCAAGCUGGGAGAGACCUGCAUGCCAGGUAGUGCUUGCGACCAUGGAUUGCGAUGCGAAACUUGCCCUGCAAAUGGAAAUACCCGACCCAGGUGUAUCCGGAUCCAGCCUUUGAACCCAAUAUCAAAAGUUAAAGGUCUGGCAUUCAACAAAUAUUCAUGGCUAACAACCCACAACUCUUACGCUCGUACGGACGCUAAAUCGCCGGCGGGUACCGCGAUAAUAUCUCCCAAGAAUCAAGAGGACACCGUUACUAGUCAACUCGACAAUGGGGUGAGAGGUCUUAUGCUAGACCUGUAUGAUUUCCAGAAUGACAUCUGGCUUUGUCACUCCUUCGGUGGUCAAUGUUAUGACUACACAGCAUUUCAACCUGCCAUCAACGUGCUAAAAGAGGUUGAGGCCUUUUUGGCUGCAAACCCAUCAGAGAUUGUCACAAUUUUCAUUGAGGAUUAUGUAGCGUCCCCAUUAGGCUUGACCAAGGUUUUCAACGCAUCUGGUCUUAGCAAAUACUUCUUCCCUGCAUCAAAGAUGCCAAAGGGAGGUGAAGAUUGGCCAACUGUGGAUGCUAUGGUCCAGAAGAAUGAGCGCUUGGUGGUCUUUACUUCCAAAGCAGCUAAAGAAGCCUCUGAGGGCUUUGCUUUUCUUUGGAAAUAUGCGAUAGAAAAUAAAUAUGGCGAUCCGGGGUUGAAAGCUAGAUCAUGUACAAAUAGGGCCGAAUCACCUCCCCUGAACACGCCAACUGUAUCACUCUUUGUUCUAAACUAUUUUCCGACUAGUCCCAAUAUAUCAGAAGCUUGUUCGGCAAACUCAUCUCCACUAAGUGCCAUGGCCAUCAAUUGCUAUGAAGCAGCUGGCAAACGGUGGCCAAACUUCAUUGCUGUCGACUUUUAUCAGAAGAAUGAUGGUGGGGGUGCCCCAGAAGUUGUGGAUGAAAUGAAUGGUCACCUUACAUGUGGAUGUGGCAAUAUUGCCUACUGCAGGGCAAAUGCACCAAGUGGUACAUGCGAUGUCCCCCCAAUCUCUCCUCCUCCCCCUGCUUCUUCUGAAAUCUUUUCUCCCCCUCCUCUUUCCCUAGACAUUAAUUAUUCCAAUACUAGAAAAGUCCAAUUACGGUGGUUGUUGGGAACAAUUUUGACCGUAUUGCUGAUAUUGAGGUUGUAAUUAUGCUCAUGUUUAUUCACACUCACAUCAGAACAUUACAUAUAGAUGAACAGUGUCUUGGUUGUGUCCUCGCAUUGAGGGUUGUAGACUAGUCAUUGAGAAUGUCUUACG